AUGGCCGAGGCCGCGGAGCCGGAGGGGGGCGCCUCGGGUCCCCAGGGGCCGCCCGAGGGCCCAGCGCUUCUGGCAGAGAGACCGGGCGAGCCGGGGGCCGCGGGCGGGGAGGCCGAGGGGCAGCCGGCGAGCGAGGGCGCCGCGGAGGUGCCGGGGGGCGAGGGGCCGGGCGCAGCGGCUGCGGCCGCGGUGAAGGAGGAGGGAGGCGGCGGGCCGGGCGGAGGGAGCCCAGGCGAGCAAGCGCCGGGCGCGGGCAGUGGCUCGGAGACCGGGACGCGGGGAGCCAGGGGAGCGCAGGGCGAAGCCGAGGCCGACGGGGGCGUCCCGGAGGGCGCGGAGGUCCCCCGGGGAGAGGAGGAGGCGAGCGGCGCGGAGCAGGAGGGCGCGCGGGCAGAAGCCCCAGCGGAGGGUCAGGGGGAGUCCGCGGCCCCCGAAGCCCCCGAGACGCCGGUGGAGGCGGAGCGCGGGCCGGAGGCGCCGGGAGGCAGCGCGCCGGGGGCGUCCGGGGACAGUGUAGACGCCGAGGGGCCGGCGGGAGGGGCGCACGGGGCAGAGGGCGAGCCCCAGGAUGGAGAGGACCGCAGCCCCCAGCCCCAGGUCGAGGCGAUUGAAGUCGCAGCCGCGCAGAGCGGGGCGCUCAGCCCCGGGGAGCUCACGGGGGGCGCGGCCGCGGACGCCGCGGAGGAGGCGGGGAGCCCGGAGAAAGAGGGGUCCCAGGAAGCGGUCCCCGGGGACGCUGGGGCAGACGCUGGCGAGGACGGGGACCGGGGCGGGCCCCAGGAGGAGGCGGAGAAGGAAGAGGAGAUAGGAGAGCCGGGCCCGGAGGGGCCGAGCGAGGAAGCCGCAGCCGGGGACAAGGAGGAGCCCCCCGACGGCAGCCCCCGUGCGGAGGCGGCUGUGUCCAGCGGGGCCGCGGAGCCGCAGGCCGGGCUCAGCAACCACCUGGCCGAGGAGUGCAGCGCCGAGGGCGGCGACGAGUCGGCGCGAGUGAACGGCCGCGGGGAGGACGGAGAGGCGUCCGAGGAGGGGGCCCCGGGGCAGGAGCACGACAUCACCCUCUUCGUCAAGGCUGGUUAUGAUGGUGAGAGUAUUGGAAAUUGCCCAUUUUCUCAGCGUCUCUUUAUGAUUCUCUGGCUAAAGGGCGUUAUAUUUAAUGUAACAACAGUGGACCUGAAAAGGAAGCCCGCAGACCUGCAGAACCUGGCUCCCGGAACCAACCCACCUUUCAUGACUUUUGAUGGUGAAGUCAAGACGGAUGUGAAUAAGAUUGAAGAGUUCUUAGAGGAGAAAUUAGUUCCCCCGAGGUACCCUAAGCUGGGGACCCAACAUCCUGAAUCUAACUCUGCAGGAAAUGAUGUGUUUGCCAAAUUCUCAGCAUUUAUAAAAAACACCAAGAAGGAUGCCAACGAGAUUUAUGAAAAGAACCUGCUAAGGGCCCUGAAGAAGCUGGACAACUAUUUAAAUAGCCCUCUGCCUGAUGAAGUAGACAACUACAGCACCGAGGAUGUCACCGUUUCUGGAAGGAAGUUCCUGGAUGGGAAUGAGCUGACGCUGGCUGACUGUAACCUCUUACCCAAGCUCCAUAUUAUUAAGAUCGUGGCCAAGAAAUACAGAGAUUUUGAAUUUCCUUCUGAAAUGACUGGCAUCUGGAGAUACCUGAACAACGCCUAUGCUAGGGAUGAGUUCACAAACACAUGUCCAGCUGACCAGGAGAUUGAACACGCAUAUUCAGAUGUUGCAAAAAGAAUGAAGUGA